ACAUAUUUGCUCCCCAAAACAACCUAAGCCGGAAAAAAAGGGGCAAAGGGAAAUGUGUCGAUGCUUCGACUUGCUUCCGUGGGAGAGCUCUGCCUGCGGCCUAGGCGGACUUCGUCAGGAAUGAACAAAGCCACUCAACCAGCACUAAAACACAAAUUCACCGAUCUCACGAUCCGAUCUGUCCAAAACAAAAUGACAACCAUUGUAACCGUCCAAAAAAUGAACAGGCAUUAAUAAAAAUUAAUUGAAUGAGAGCAGCAGCUCCGCGGUCUACCACGAAGUGUGGAGUGCGUAGCACCCCAAUGCGCCUAUUUACCCUAUUUAUUUAAUGGGGCAUAGCGGGGCCAACACUUUGAUACCUCAAUGAUAAACGCACCGUAUACGGCUUCGAAGCUUAAGCCGGAAAGCUUACUUUUUUGGGUUAUAAUUAAUGAUAGACCAGAAUAUGGUAUUGGUCUCUAUGCUUUUUUUUCCCUCAUUGUAACUCCUGUUGCUCUUUCCAUUUAUAGAGAAGGUGAGGGGAGGGGGGGGGGGGAAGAGGACAAUUUUUUUUUGUCUUUCAGACUUCUAUCCUUCAGCUUCGAUCAUGCUCUUCUUAUUGUUGAGUGA